UAGCUCACUUGAUUUCGCGGCUGGUGAGAAGACAUCCCAGUUGCUGUUGAUCAUGUGGUGGCUCUAAGGUGGCUUAAAAGAUCAGCAGGAGCUAAAAGACAUAUUUUCCCACUUUAGUUUGACCCGGUUGAAGGAAGUAGAAAAUCCAACCUAAAACAAAUAGAAGUUGACUACGAUGAGGCAACUCGCUGACAGAACGAACAUCAAACCCAUACAGACUCCCAGUUCUCUUGAAGGCAGCCAGUCGGCGUUGGGUAUCGCAGUGCCUCUGUGGAGCCCCCGCAUCUGUCUCCCCCUGCUCUCUGAGGAUAAAAGGGUGUUGUGGGUUCAUGCAAAUGAGGUUAACGUGCAGACAGAUAAAGUGGCGGAGCUCGAAAGUGCCUUUAGCAGGUCCCCCUAUCUGACACGCAAACAGACUAAUGCUCUAGCCCAGCGCUGCUCCCUGCAUCCAGACCAGGUGAAGGUGUGGUUCAUAGCGCAGAGGCUCCGCUACGGCAUCAGCUGGGACUACAAAGACAUCAGGGAGAUCUGGAACAAGUUGAAUUCCAAUCGCAAAGAUGAGGAAGGAGAUGAGGAGUUCCAAGACUUGGUCAAGGAUGACCAAGUAAAGAGCAAGAAGACGUCUUUGAUGGAACGAAAAGUGAAUUGGAAUAUGGAGCAGGAGAGACCGACGGAAAAAGAAACGGGCAGAAGAGCGAUGGAGAACGAAGCCGCCACUCCAGAAAAGCUCAGAAGACACGCAGUCAUGUCAAACAGGAGAAGGAAAAGAAUGAAACGAGAUGUCGAGUGGAUCACCGAUCAAGCAGAAGAACUAGGAGCGAAAAUGGAUACAUCUGAGAAUGAGGAGCAAACAUCCAGCACGUGGGGAGGAGCAUAUGUCUCCAAGAUAAAAAGAAGAGCACACACAAAGCUGAUCUCCAGCCCAGUUAAAAACGCCUACGAGAAUCUUCUUGUCGAGGCUGAAAUCCCAUUUGUUGACUUCUCUUCCGUCGUUCUCCAGCCUCAAGCCCAAACCUCUACCGCUGUUCCCGUAACAGAGAGCCAGUCAGACCUGCAGGGCAGAAGGAUGACUUCGCUGAAGAGCAGCUUGGAGGAGAACGCCGACGCACUGGCUUGUCUGGAGGAAGCUCUGUCUUCUGAACCGCCAAAGGAGAACAAUGUCGUCUCCGAAGUGGACGAACUAAAGGAGCUCGUUAAGGCCGAAAACAACUUUCUUACUGCCAGCAGUCCGACCGCUGGGAACAGCCAGGAGGAAGUUCUCUUGGCAGAAGGGGCAGUGCUGCGUCCCCGCAGCAGACUGAAGACGCAGUCUCAGCUGCUGAUGCUGAGGAGGGCCUUCCUUGAGUUCCAGUACCCCGACGCCGAGCAGUACAGCAUGCUGACCAGGCUGGUGGGCAUACAGCGCCACCAUCUGGUGCAGUGGUUCGGUGACCGGCGUUACUCGAUAAAAAAAUCCAAACCUCGCUGGAUGACGGAGGAGCAGUACAACGAGAUACUGGCCAACAUCAGGUACCGGCAAUACAAAAGCAUCCUGGUAAAGGGACUGCUGGAAGAAACUGAAUGACGGCGCGGCCUGGAUUAUUGCAGGCUGAGAAGGAAAGUGCAAAAGAAGCCUUUUCUGACACAUGAACAGUUUGUUCUGUUGGGUUUUUAUUGAAGGACUUGAGAAAAAGAUUUCCAUCAGGUUCUUUAAAUCUUUGUUUUGUUCUUAUACUUUCAGUUUUUGUGGCCGGGUUUGUUUGUGUUGAAAUGCUGCAGCUGAGGUGCAACUUUAUGUUAGUGAGCUUGUUUGAGCUGUAAAUUUAAUUUUAUUUUUUUAUAAAUAUAUACACUAAUUAAAGUAAAAGUCCUUUUGAAUAAAAA